AUGCAGUGGAGAUCCACAACGCUGGCCGAGCCAGAGUCUGUGGCAUCGCAGCCUUUGGAGCCAGGGUCGGUGGUGCUCCCAGCCGGCGCAGAAGCUUCCAUCAAGAAGGCGCAGCGCAAGGCGCAGUGGAUCAUGGCCCAGGUCCAGGAGAUACAAGCUGGCGUUUCAGCUCUUACCAACAUUGCGAAGCCCAUUAUCAGGGCUGCCCAUGCAGAGCUGGACCAGCUACUGGCGAACGUCGAGGGCAUGCAGGCCAUGGAGGCACAGCUUGUGGAUGUGCAAUGCCAGCUCCGGAAAUGGCAGAAGUGCCAUCGCGGCCUCCAAGUGCUCGUCUCGCAGCAGGAGGACUUUGGAAGAAGAGUUCGCGAACUUUUGGCAAGCAAGCUUGCUGGAUGCUGCAUCAGCGAGUUGCAGGGCGAAGUUCGCGAAGCUCAUGCCAGGCUUUCCGGUCUCGGUGGCGACAGCGAUUUCGAGUACUGCACCGGCUGCGACGAAUGGCGGAGAUCAAUCUGCUUGAUCACAGAAGAUCUCCGAGCCAUCCGUCAAAAAUGCCCGCGGCCGGCGGAGCUCGGCGCGUACAAUACUCCGAGGUCAGGAUCUCGCUCCAGGGAAGCCAGCGUUGGAGGAGGCUCUCCCUACCAGUGA